UGUUAUGUGUGCCAUGAACUCAGCUCAGUAAUAUUGACAAUAGAGUGACGAGAGAUCGUCCAACAAAAUACAAAGGCUAAAGCGAAAAUUAAAGAAAAAAACGCUGUGAUACACUCGAGUUCAUGAAAAUCUGGGAGGUGUAAUGCAUUUUAGGUUUAUUUUUAUACAUCAGUGUAUUAUAAUAUAAUAAUUUAUGGGACUCGGGCGAUUAGCCAAGGAAGCUAAAUAAUUGUGCUCCGGGUUUGGCUUGUGGAAGGCCAACAUUGCGAGACAGCUUUCUUCCGUUGUCACCGCUGUCAAGAUAAUCUGUGAGAGACUGAAGCGCAGGCACUGUACAUCUACUUUGUGAAGCGUAGAGGAUCAGCAAGGCUAUGUCCUCGGCAGCCACCACGCCUCCGUCGGUGGACAGAGUUGAUGGAUUCUCCCGGAAAUCUGUGAGGAAAGCAAAGCAGAAGCGAUCCCAGAGCUCCUCGCAAUUCCGGUCUCAGGGCAAACCUAUAGAACUCACCCCACUGCCGCUACUGAAAGACGUGCCAGCACCGGAGCAGCCAGAGCUGUUCCUGAAGAAGCUGCAACAGUGCUGUACCAUCUUUGACUUUAUGGACACACUUUCAGACUUGAAGAUGAAGGAAUACAAGCGCUCAAUGCUCAAUGAACUGGUGGACUACGUCACGGUCAGUCGGGGCUACCUGACUGAGCAGACCUACCCAGAAGUGGUCAAAAUGGUGUCCUGCAAUAUUUUCCGGACCCUUCCUCCGAGUGAAAGUAAUGAAUUUGACCCAGAGGAGGAUGAACCAACACUUGAGGCUUCAUGGCCACACUUGCAGCUUGUCUAUGAGUUCUUCAUACGAUUCUUGGAGAGUCAAGAAUUCCAACCCAGCAUUGCCAAAAAAUACAUAGACCAGAAAUUUGUAUUACAGCUUCUGGACCUCUUUGAUAGCGAAGACCCCCGGGAGAGGGACUACCUGAAGACGGUCUUACACAGAAUUUAUGGGAAAUUCUUGGGGCUGAGGGCUUUUAUACGAAAACAGAUUAAUAAUAUUUUUCUACGAUUUGUUUAUGAAACUGAGCACUUCAGUGGGGUUGCUGAACUCCUGGAGAUCCUGGGAAGCAUCAUCAAUGGCUUUGCUCUUCCUCUGAAGGCAGAGCACAAACAGUUUCUUGUCAAGGUGCUGAUCCCACUGCACACUGUCAGGAGCCUCUCCCUCUUCCAUGCACAGUUGGCUUACUGUAUUGUACAGUUCCUAGAGAAGGACCCAACGCUAACCGAACCAGUCAUCAGAGGAUUGCUGAAGUUCUGGCCGAAAACCUGUAGUCAAAAAGAGGUAAUGUUCCUGGGGGAGCUUGAAGAGAUUCUAGAUGUGAUUGAGCCUACACAGUUUGUCAAGAUCCAGGAGCCCCUUUUCAAGCAGAUCUCAAAAUGUGUCUCCAGCCCACACUUCCAGGUGUCUGAGCGAGCCUUGUACUACUGGAACAAUGAGUACAUCAUGAGCUUGAUUGAGGAGAACUCUAGUGUCAUCUUGCCGAUCAUGUUUGCCAGCCUGUACAGGAUUUCCAAGGAGCACUGGAAUCCGGCAAUUGUAGCUCUUGUCUACAAUGUACUCAAAGCAUUUAUGGAGAUGAACAGCUUGCUGUUUGAUGAACUCACAGCAACCUACAAGUCUGAACGUCAACGUGAGAAGAAGAAAGAGAAAGAGCGUGAGGAGCUCUGGAAGAAGCUGGAGGACUUAAAGCUAAAGAGGGGCAUCUGCAGUGAUAGUGUCAUCCCCACUUAACUCACAGAUGCCCUGUGCCAGAUAGGCUUUUUCUCCCAUAUUGUGCAACUUACUUUAUAAUUCACAUCAGUUUCAACAUCACUGUAAAUAACUUUUCCCUAAAGUUUUGCUGAAGAAAAAAAUCAGAAAAUACAAAAAUUUGUGGGGGUUAAACUGGCUUUGGACUGCCAAACUUGAACUUUUUUUUUUUUUUAAAGAAAAAAAAAAAAAAAAGAUUUUGACUGCAUCAACCCUUGCCCUCCCGAAGAUUUCCUGCACCCUUACUUCUGAGAUACGUUUGUACCUUUUCAUCAAUCAAGGUAACCAUUUUUACUGAGCCCACAUAACCCUCCCAAAGGCAAUGAGCCUUUAUUGUGGUCCUGCAUAUAAUGGAUGCAGCCUCCCCUAUUGUGGCUUACCUCAACCUCUACUUGUAGGAAAACUGCUGCUCUCAGUAUAGAAAACAAGACUGGGAAUGAAAAGUCCCCAUAGAACAUUGCAUUGAAGGCCAUCAACCAGGUCUGUGUGAAUCCAAGCAGAAAUAUAAAAAAGCAUUUUUCUCCAGAAUUUUUUUCCAUGAGUUACUUCACGGCGUAUGCGUACAUCAACCAAAACAAGUUGUUUUUCAGUAACACAAAAAAAUCUUCAGUAUCAACUGCUGCUGAUUUGGUAUUGCUAUUAACAUGAAAUAACUUCAGCCUCCAGUUUCCAUGAUAUGUUGUAACUUGUGGGAGGGAGCAGUGUGUGUGGUGUUCACUUUGCUAAGAAUUUACCAAUUAAGUGCAGUAUACUGAUACUUUUAGCAAUUCAGAUUAUAUUUUAAUAAGGACUUUGAAGAAGUAUCAAAUAAAAAGUAUUGAAAUAAGACCUAUUUUUCUUCCCCUUUGAUCUUUUUUUUUUUUAUGCUGGGGGGGGUGUGCUGAGGGAAGGGUUUUUCAAGGGGAUCUGAAGAGGGCUCUUGGUUGGAUACACAGUACUGUCUGCAUUGACCUGUCUGCUUCAGAAUGGCCUGGAUACAAUGUGAUUUUGAGGAGUUGGGUAUAAGGAGAAAAUGUAAUUUUACAAAAUUAUAUUAAACAAUUUUGUGAUAAAGCAAAUGUGCUGAAUGUUUUAUUUUAGAAGCCUGCGUAGAAUCCCAUCUAUCUUAUGGUCGGUGCGUGUGGAUGAUGUAUACUUAAAAGUAGCUGAGCACCAGGUAUUUGUCAGGACAGUAGGUUUAGGACCUCCAACAGAGUCAUCUUGCAUCACAUAACUUCUGUGCUCUGUCAGAUUUGCCAUGUGUUUUUAUGUGAUCAUCUAUUUCACCAGUUCACAAUUUUUAUGACAUUCAAGCUGGACACCCUUCUGCUUCAGAUACUGUGCCCAGGCAAGCAUUAGCAUUGUCCACUUGAGAGGCUGUUGACAUCAGUUCAAAGAAGCAUAAUCAAAAACUGUUGAAAUGUAGAAGUGUUUGUGAGCAAGAAUUGUAUCUUGAUUACUGGUAUCAUAGUGGUUAGUUGCUGCAGUUGGACCCAGAAGUCACAAGUUUUAUUCCCACCUUGUUGAAUCCCUAGGUUCUUACUGUAAAAUUGCUCCAUUAAAAA